CGGCCUGACAGACAGGCAGCGCAGGUGCGGUACACCCCAACAACCGUAACAACGACAGAACGCGUUCUCUUUUGCUGUCGCACAACCCUACCGGACGUAGACCAAAGCAAAGCACGCGCCGCCAAGAGCCUGGGAAGAAGUACGCGGGAUUGCUGGGAGCCAGGUGUGCCGCUGCCGCGCUGCUGCUGCCUGGUGUGGUGUGCGGGCGGGUGAUUGAUUUUGCGCUGGGUUUGACAACCGAUGCACAGCAGCACACACGAAGGAUCCCCGUUGCUACAAGGAGUGGCAGCAGGCCCCAUGGGGGACUGGAAUGAUGUGAAUAGGCAGGGCUCGGGGCGCGCCCUGCUUGGAGAGACGAGCAACUCGAAGAGGAGAAGCAGGCAGCAGUCAGGGGCAUCAGCACAAUCCGGAGGCGCGUCCCCCAGUUUCCGAAGCACUUGGAGGGUUUCUGCCGGCGUCGCGGGCGUGCUGAUGUUUGCGAUGGCGCUUGCCGGAUUAGUGGCAAUAUUCUCGACCAUCCAGCGAGAGCGGACGCCGAGGGGCCCCUCGCCGUCGCAGCAGGUGCAGGACGUGUCCCUGAUGCCGCCAGAAGCAGCGCGAGAUGAGAGAGAACCAGUAGAUAUUCAAGUAGAUGAGGAGGAGGAGCCGGAAGGGAAGGGUGGGGAACCAAAUCCCCAGGCCGAGACCGCGAAGCCGAACGUGUUCUUCAUCAUGGUCGACGACAUGGGGUGGAACGACAUCGGCUACCAGAGCGUGGACCUGCAGGGGGUCACGCCGCACCUUGACAGGCUUGCCGCGGGCGGAGUUAAGAUGACGAACUACUACACCUUGCCUAUUUGCACGCCAGCGCGAGCGAGUCUCAUGACCGGGCGUUACGUGUUUCGAUACGGUCUUCAGUACAGCGUGAUCCAACCGGGGGCACCAUGGGGUCUCCCUCUCACGGAGAAGAUCUUCCCCGAGUACAUGAAGGACGCGGGUUACGAGACGCACAUGAUCGGAAAGUGGCACAUCGGCAGUUACACCACGAAACACAUCCCCAGCCAGAGAGGUUUCGACACGUACUUAGGGUACCUGAACGAUGAAGAGAUGUACUGGACGCACCAGAGCUGGACCGCCAAGUACAACGGACGAAAGUUCUUCGAUUUCGGGUUCGGAAACGCUACCGGCUACUACGACAUCAUCGACAGAGAACUCCCGGAUCACCUCAGGGAUGGCACGGUUAGCGAUGGUGACGAUGACGAAACCAUGCUCAGCCCUACAUCUAGCUAUUCAAGCUCUGGGGGAUUCUUCAAGGGUCUCUACUCGACGCAAGUCUUCCACAACAGGGCCCUUGAAAUCCUUCACGAGAAAACGCCAUACGACGACGAGCCUCUCUACAUGUACCUGUCCCACCAAGCUGUGCAUGACCCGCUGGGCCUGCCUCCCGCCGAGCACUUUACUCAGGACCAGCUUGAUCUUCUCGAGAGGAUCGAAACGGGCAGCGAAGAAGGCACCGGGACCCUGCGAGCGCGCUUCGCCAAGGUGCUCAUGUACCUGGACUACACGAUCGGAGAACUGGUCGAGUACCUCGAAACAAAUGGUUGGAUGGAGAACUCGAUCAUCGUCCUGGCCAGCGACAACGGGGGCUGCCCGAGCUGCGGCGGAAGCAACUACCCCCUCCGCGGGAUCAAGCACUCGUACUGGGAGGGUGGCACCAAGGUUCCCUCGUUCGUGUACUCCAAGAGCCACAUUCCAGAAGAGAGAUGGGGGACCGAGUACGACGGGCUCAUGCACGUCACUGAUUGGCUGCCGACCAUCGCCGGCGCUGCGGAACUCGAUCUCGAUGGAGGUGCCGGCCCCUUUGACGGGGUGGACCAGUGGCCGUUGAUCACGAGCGUGGCUGCUGAGGCAGAGUUCGGCAGCGCAAGGGACGAGAUGGUGUACAACUUCGACCCGUACAUCCUUUGGAUUGACAGCUCAGAGUCGAUUGGUGACCCGGAGUUCAACCUUGCCCAGGGAGCGUUCCGAUCCGGCAAGUACAAGUACCUGGCGAACGUGUGGUGCACCGGGUGGUACACCUUCGAUAAGCACAUCCUCGCGGAGGACCCCCUGACGAAUCUCACCCUCGCUUGCGACGGCAGCCCCUGCUCCGACUGCGGCCAGGGCUGCACGAGCUACAACUCCACAGACUACCUCUUCGACUUGGAAGCGGACCCGCGGGAAGAGCACAACCUUAUCUACGACCUCCCGGACGUCGCGCACAACAUGCGAGAACGGUGGGUGGAGGUGGCCUUCAUCGAGUGGGGUAACUCUUCGUACGAGAACAUCGACCACCAGUCUUACUCUGUGUGGGCGUCCUUCAACUGGUGGAUGGUUCCGUGGUGGCACCUCGUGGGCAGUUCCGCGCCUGACUCCACGACAAGCAGCACCAGCAGCAGAUCCUAGCGAAGCCGGCCAUGUCCGGCUGCCCGUCUAAUCGGGGGGCAGGACGUUUGUGGCUCGGCUUGGACGUCGAUCCGCAUCCGCCCCACGGCCUAAGCGGGAACGUUGAACCUCGUGUGAAUGUGCAGGCUGUCUGUCUGGCUCACACGAGUUAGGACGCUCCAAGACAUGCCGUCUUGCACGACGAUAUGGAUUGGUUUGAGUGCGCUCGAGAGGGACUUGAUGUUGCUGUCGGCAUUCACCACCCCCUUUUUGUUGAGACGGAGCCGUGAGGUCAGGGAGUGCACUUGUCGUGCGACGAUUUUCGUCUUUGUCGUGCCUAUAGAUGUGAUAAUAUUGACUGAGCUGUGGAUUUUCGGUUGAGUGCCCUGUCGUUGUUGUAUGACUUGUGCUUUUUGCUGUGUUUCUUUUUUAGGCCCUGCGGUGGGCGGGGGAGGGUUGCGCCGGAAUUCCUCAGUGAAAUCUUGUGGCCAGGAACAAAUCCACCUAGUACAUACCUCUACCUGAGCGCGAAAACGCCGGGUUUGAUGUUGCUUGUGCUGCGUGACCAUGGGUGGGGGGGGGGAUGGGAUGCGUACCAUCCCAUCGCUAGAUGAACACGACGCCGUUUUUCGUAAUAUUCCGGACGUAAAACGUACUGCUGCACUGUGGUACCGUAGUACGCGUACCGUGGUGCUGUGUGAUCGGCCGGAUGGAGUCGUCCGUCUUGUCUCGGUCUUGUUGUCACAUAGCCUCAACUCGAUGACUCGAUUUGCUUGCGUUGUUUGCAACUACCCACCCGUAUCUCGGCGCUUAAGGAUAUGAUCUAUCCGGUAUCCUCAUGCCCUUAGUCGUAUUUAUUUCCCGGCAUGCAUGCACGCCUACGCGUAGCAAUCCGAGAGAAGACGACAAGCGUGCACGUGUACAUCACCAGGAGAGGUUUUGGAGCAAAGGUGGGCCGCCCGUGUUGGGGGGGAGAAAUAUUCAAGGUGUUUCGCCGAUGCGACAGCAGGUGUGCGGGGAUCGGGGUCACAUUCCGUCACGCACGAUCACCGCACAAAUCUCCGUUACAGUCAACGAGAACAGGCUGGUUUCUUGUUUUUGGAUGCUUGCUUCAUGUGUGGGAGUUGGGAGAGACCGAGACGCUGAAACGGGCCGACUACGACUGGGAAUGAUGCAUGACGUCAAAUCUGUUUUUGUCUCCGGUGCACGGUCCCACGUGAGAUGAAAGUGGGUGCGGUUGGUUGCAGAAGGCCGAGUGACUGUCGCGCGGAGCACAUCUUUGUUUCUGUCGUUGUGUAUUCCGUAUUUAUUUUGGCGAUUGGUCUUAUUUCCAAGAUACUUGGUGUUGACGGCAUUUGCGUUCGAACGCAGACAAGGGAGAGAUCACAGCUUGCGUCACGGCGGCUGUACUUUUACCAUCCAACCUGUCUCGCUUCGGCGAAACAGUUGCGACAUGGUCACCUAAGUCUACCCCCACCUCUGGGGGGAUCUCGCAAGAGACUGCUGCAUUUUGUUCGCGGGUGAGGACGGUCCAAUGGUCACGAUCGUACAGCGGGGCACGUGGAUUUUAGGGAGAGAUUGGCCGUAUCUCGCCUUGGGGGUGUGAGGGGGGGGUUUGUACGCGCAAAUGGUUGGAUGUUUUCUGUGGAGUUCAUUCCGAAGUCUUGUGUGCACGGAGGAAUGGUUGACGUCGGAGGAUUGUUGCCUGCACGACGCGGAAUCAGCAUUAUUUUCGCGAGUUUUUUCACGCUGGCCUUCGCGUGAGUUGCCGUGGUUGUUGUUGUUGUAGCGUUGUGCGGUGCUUUGCUCGCUCGCUCUCUGUCGCCGGUGUCGCGCCCAUCAUCUUGUGUUUUUGAGUACCGUGGGCCGGCGUUCAUUGGCAACCCUCACAGAGAUUACUGUGCUUGCAGCAAAGCGCUUGAGGGAAGGUGCCACAAUGCUGCCCCAUGAUUUUUUUUUGUACUUUGUGGAAGUAAUCAGAGCUCCACGGUGGAGAGAGGUACUGUGAAAUUGUAGGACCGUAGUGGGUUGUGGACAGAGAAGUGCCCCGAGAGACGGCGACUGAUAGGACUGUGUCGAAACCACAUUAUUUCAGCUAUUAUAGGCACCGCAAGUUCCAACGAUUUUCUAAUUCCCUUUGUUCGUGUGCUAUUUGGUCUCCGUGUGCAAUUGCAACAGUAAAAGUCGCUGCGUAGCACAGAACGCUUGGUGAGCCAUAACCACGUUCACUCGAAAAAUCAAACAUCUAUGACAAAUAUCGAGCUCCUCUGAAUGGUCGACGGUGAUGACCUUUUAAAUUUUGACAAACAUCUGGGCUUACGGGCAGAGUUAAAGUUGAUUCCCUGACUUGGGCGAAGAACCCCUUCUCCCCCGGUGGACUUUCAUUCCCACUCUCAGAAAACCGAGAUUCCGCAAUCAUAGUGCAUCUUCACGGCCACCAGUAGCAACAAAGAUUUUGACAUCGUAACUGAAGAGAUUUUGGCUUACUUUUCGAACCUGACACGUUUUCACCGGUGGUCUAGUGGGUAACCU